AUGGGAACCGGAGAUUCGGGUCUUCCAGAUACUGACCAUCCCCCCCAGCCCGACGAUAGUGAUGAAUCCAGCAGUGAUGAGGAUAUAACUUGGUUCCCUGGGGAUGGAGUCUGUCCUACAACAGCAGAGUUUAACCAUUGCUGUCAGUUAAAGCUUGAAAAUUGGAAAAAUGCGGCCGUUGCUUAUCAAGAAGGCACGGAAUCUUUCCAGUACUAUUUAACAGCCUUUCUCGAUCUCCUUGACAAUAUCCCUCCAUUCUAUCACCGUCUCCCAGGAGCCGUCAACACUUCAGGUGAAAACGACGGAAGAUUUAACUGCGAUCAACCUCAGAAGUCAAUCGAUUAUCUGCAGUGCCUCGGAUGUCCAGCGCCAGUAACCUACAGGACGAAGGCGGAGGCCCAGCUGGAUGCCGCCAUUCCUAUUUGCGCCAAGCCUCUUCGUUCUGGGUAUUUUACCAGCAUUGUUCUGGCCUGGUCCUAUAUAAUUUCCUGCCGUUGGGUGGAGAUACUCCAACAGGCGGGUGAGGAAAGCCAGAUCUUUCACGAGCAAGGUAUGCAGAUAGAAGACGAUUUCUGGGAUGUCAUCACACAGGGCUAUUGGGUAGCUCGAGUGAAAAAGCACAAAGGCGCCUUCUAUUCGCCAUGGAUGUUGAGAAGAGAAGGAACCUCAAUCAAGCGACGCGACUGGAAACCAGUCACAUCAAAUUCGUCCCUUGCGUUCGAUAUCCUUUUAGGCUUCUGCGUGUUGGAGGGUCUGGAAGGGGAAUUUCUCACUGGCUUUGCCUCUGUUCUAAUGUUGACCUCACGGCACACGCCUCCACCCAAAUUUGCUCCUCCUAUGCUGAUUUCGGCAGCUCCUAGGCGCUCUUCACUUAGACCGAAAGACAUGGUAUUUCUUGAACUUUAUCGAUCAAUUGAUAAGUUCAUGUCUCUUAGCUCUACACAAGAUGCUCUGGAUUCGUUACUCUGCGGCGUAUUUUUUCAUCCAUCCGUUCCAUGUAACCUUGUCGGGGCCGUAUCCUUGGGUGUCAAAAAAGCUCUCUCGGAAGUGGACAGGAUUGACAACCGCCACCUCCUCUCUGCAGUUACCAAUAUGAAACCCUAUCUAAGUCUCUUAUGGGCUGCUGCAGUGUGCAACGACCAAGUAGCUUCAUUCCUGAAUAUGGCUCUCAGUGGUCUACCGCCGAUAUGUCUAGUGGCUGCCUUCUGGACAAAUACGGCUCAAUCCUUUCUUCAGAUAGUGUAUCCUGCACAUGACUCAGAAGAAUCCAUCACUUCCAGGGCACAUGAGUUUCAGACUUCCUUCUUCUGCCGACUGGAAUUAUCAGUGCCAUGGUCGCCAGCACCCCCCUUCGGCACAACACCGGUGAAAAACCUCAGUCUUGAAGUGAGAGCCCACGUUGCUCAUACACACAGGCCUAUUUCUUGGAGAAUAUACUGGAUCUUAGACUCAGGAGAAGGGUUCCGGCCAGCGCAGAAUGAGACAAAUGAGUUCCCCCACCCCGAGCGAUAUAUUGCUGAUGAGCAAUCGGGAUCUGCAACAUCACGCCUAUUCAAUUGGCAAAGAAGCUACGAUGAUGGUAUCUGGCUCGAUGAUGGCAGAGGGGAUAUUGAGUUUAUUCGUCGACUUCAAAUACAUGCAUGGAUCAUAGACCCGUUUGAUAACGGAGACGACGAUCCAGUUGAGGAACCCAGGCACCGUGAGCUUUCUGUUGAGCGUAUUUUGCGGUGGAAUACUGCAAUGGGCCGUGUGCUAGCUGGGCUUGUAGAGAUUUAA